UCCCCCGCCGGGUCCCAGCCGGGCCGCAGUGGGCGCGGCCGCGCGCGCGCGUCUGCAUACGCGAUGCGCAGCCGCACGCCCGGGCACAGCCGGGCGAACUGCGCGAGGACGCCCAGGCAGGAAGAUGCAGGGGAAGUGCGUGACGUACAGCGCGAGGGCGCCCUCCGGCGCGAGGGGGCGCCCCGCGGCGGCGUCCACGGGCGCCCACCCGGAGAGCACGUCCACCAGCGCGCCGCGCUCCGCGUGGCCGCCGCGGUCGUGCUCGCCCACAGUGCGCGCGCCGUGGCGGCUUCUGGUCGCGAGGGGCCGCCAGCAGCAGCGCCGCGGCGCCCCCAGCGGAGCCCUCCUCUCGCAAGUCCCGGCGCCAGCCCAGCACGCGGCCCCGCUCCGCCCGGCGCAGCGGCGGGCCGGCGCCGGCGGCGUGCAGGAGCACGUCGAAGCUCACCCAGGCCACGAUCUCCCGCUUGUUCACCUC